ACAUAAACCGAACCAAGCAGCAAAUACGACAGGCAUGUCGUCAAAAUCAGAUGAUGACAAUUGCCACCCAUCAAUUAUUCCUCUCAAAAUCAUAAAAACUUGUCAUUUCAUUCAAAUUUCAUUCUUCAAAACUUACCCAUUUGAUCAAAUUCAUGGUUUCCUCAAUGUAUCACUUAAUUUCCUACUCAAUAAUACUACUACUGUCAUUACCAGUAGCCUUAUCCAGUUCAAGAACAGACUCUAUAGACUCUUUAAUUAGCCGUUUGGAUUCAAAAAAAUCAUCUCCACCAGUUCAAGAAUCAGCUGCUAAAGGUGUUUUACAGAGAUUGCUUCCUUCCCAUGCACGCAGUUUUCAGUUCAAGAUCGUCUCUAAGGAUGUUUGUGGUGGACAGAGCUGCUUUUUAAUAAACAAUUCCAAUCAAUUGACUCAGAAUGAGCCUCAGAUAAUUAUUAAAGGGAGCACUGCGGUAGAGCUUGCUUCUGGCCUCCAUUGGUAUUUGAAGUACUGGUGUGGAGCUCAUAUUUCAUGGGACAAGACUGGUGGCAUUCAAAUAGCUUCAAUUCCUGUACCAGGAUCACUGCCUCGCAUAAAAGAUGAAGGAAUAAUGAUUCGACGGCCUGUCCCUUGGAACUAUUACCAAAAUGUUGUUACAUCCAGCUAUUCAUAUGUAUGGUGGAAUUGGGAAAGAUGGGAGAAAGAGAUAGAUUGGAUGGCUCUUCAGGGGAUUAAUCUACCUUUGGCCUUCACGGGACAAGAAGCCAUUUGGCAAAAAGUGUUCAUGAACUUUAAUGUUAGUGCGGAAGAUUUGAAUGAUUUCUUUGGUGGACCUGCUUUCCUUGCUUGGGCUCGUAUGGGGAAUUUACAUGCGUGGGGUGGGCCUUUAUCACAAAAUUGGUUGGAUCAACAGUUGGCUUUACAGAAACAAAUAGUCUCUCGUAUGCUGGAGUUUGGCAUGACUCCAGUGCUUCCAUCAUUCUCUGGGAAUGUUCCAGCAGCUUUGAAGAAGAUUUUCCCUUCAGCAAAUAUAACUAGGCUUGGGGACUGGAACACUGUGGAUAAAAAUCCUCGUUGGUGCUGUACUUACCUUCUUAAUCCUUCUGAUCCCUUGUUUGUUGAAAUUGGAGAGGCAUUUAUUAGACAACAAGUUAAAGAAUAUGGGGAUGUGACAGACAUCUACAACUGCGAUACAUUCAAUGAAAAUCUCCCACCUACAAGUGAUCCAUUAUUCAUCUCUUCACUAGGUGCUGCGGUGUAUAAAGCAAUGUCCAAAGGUGAUCCGGAUGCUGUGUGGUUGAUGCAAGGUUGGCUUUUCUAUUCAGACUCUGCAUUUUGGCAACCGCCGCAAAUGAAGGCUCUAUUACACUCUGUUCCUUUCGGGAAAAUGAUAGUUCUAGAUCUGUUUGCUGAUGUCAAACCGAUAUGGAGAUCUUCCUCCCAAUUUUAUGGCACUCCUUAUGUCUGGUGUAUGUUGCAUAAUUUUGGGGGAAAUAUUGAAAUGUAUGGCAUAUUGGAUGCAAUAUCUACAGGUCCAGUCGAAGCCCGUGUCAGUAAAAAUUCAACCAUGGUUGGUGUUGGUAUGUGCAUGGAAGGAAUAGAGCACAAUCCAGUUGUUUACGAACUGAUGUCUGAAAUGGCAUUUCGCAGCGAAAAAGUUCAACUUCUGGAUUGGCUGAAGACCUACUCCCGUAGACGAUAUGGUAAAGCAGUUCAUCAGGUCGAAGCAGCUUGGGAGAUUCUUUACCACACAAUCUACAAUUGUUCAGAUGGAAUUGCUAACCAUAACAGCGAUUUCAUAGCGAAAUUACCAGACUGGGAUCCUUCAAUUGAAUCUGGACAAGACUCAUUGAAACAGGAUAACAUAUAUAGCUUCCUUCACCGACCCGGAACCAGAAGAUUCUUAUUUCAAGGACCAAGUUCCCCAUUGCCCCAGGCACACUUAUGGUACUCCACUCACGAGGUGAUCAAUGCACUACAAUUAUUCAUCGAUGGUGGAAAUCAUCUUAGAGGAAGUCUCACAUACAGAUACGACUUGGUUGACUUAACUAGGCAAGUUCUGUCAAAACUAGCAAACAAAGUAUAUAUUGAUGCUAUAAUGGCUUUCCGGAAUAAAGAUGCUCAUGACUUGAAUCGUCAUAGCCAAAAGUUUAUACAACUCAUUAAGGAUGUUGACGUACUUCUUGCUUCCGAUGAUAAUUUUCUACUCGGAACAUGGCUUGAAAGUGCAAAAGGGCUUGCAGUGAAUCCUCAUGAGACGAGACAGUAUGAAUGGAACGCUAGAACGCAAGUGACGAUGUGGUACGAUACAAUGAAAACCAAUCAGAGCAAGCUCCAUGAUUAUGCAAACAAAUUUUGGAGUGGAUUGCUAGAAGACUACUAUCUUCCGAGAGCCGCAACCUAUUUCGAUCAUCUGGAGAAGAGCUUGAAAAAAAAUGAGAAAUUGAAUCUGCAGGCUUGGAGGGAAAAAUGGAUUACAUUAUCAAAUGAAUGGCAAGCAGAUAAAAAGCAUUAUCCAGUGAAGGCCAAAGGAGAUGCACUUGCUAUUUCUAAAGCACUGUAUGGUAAGUAUUUUGGUUAACUAUAUGAUGGGUUUGUUUGUCUAUUGGUUCAUAGGGCUACAGUUCAAACCAGACUUAACCAAAUAGAUUGCCUCUAAAGGAUAAAACCAAACUGAAUUAAAUUGAGGUAAUUUGUUUUUGUUAGGUGAUUUUAUGUUAAAUAUGUUUCAUAAUGAACAAGUUUCUGGUUUAGUUAGCUA